AUGCACCGCGCACUAUCGUCAAGAUGGCUUAGGAGCGCCCUGAGCAUUGGCGACCUAGCCGCGCUGGGCGAGGUGCCGGUCUACCUAUGUCCCUCUCUCGGCGCCACGUCCGGGCGACCCUCGUUUGCGCCGGCCAAGGCGCAUCGGAAACUCCCCUAUAGACAACGACGGUGCGUACAUAUCGAGGCCAACGCAACAGCUGAGGCACCGUCGUCACUUCCCACGACUGAAUCGACGAAAAAGCUCCCGAUAAGGAAGCUCCCGUUCCAGUGCAGCGGCUGCGGCGCGCUGACCCAAAUGACGCACGCCGGGCAAGCUGGUUACUACGACCUGAGCAGGAAAUCCGUAAAGGAGUUCCUUAAGCCCGCAAGCGAAAACGAUGCUGGGAAGGAGCUUCGCGAGGAGGAUAAGGUCGUCGACGAGGCUCUCAAGAACCUGGGUGAAGAGCAGCUUGCGCAUCUAGGCUUGGACCCAAAGACGCUGCGCUACGGCGAGGAGCUAGACACGGACCGAUUCGCUUCCCGCCCUCCGACUAAAAGAGCACCGCUCUGCGAUCGAUGCCACAAACUGGUUCACCACCACUCGGGAAAGCCGAUCUACCAUCCCACCCUCGACUCCUUACGCGAGACGAUCGAGGAGUCACCUUUCAAGAACAAUCACAUUUACCAUGUCAUCGACGCCGCCGACUUCCCCAUGUCUUUCAUGCCGAAAUUGCACCAGGUCCUCGACGCCAACCUGAAGCACCGCAACCGCAGAAACAGAGCCGGCCGUUACUUCAAGGACCGCAAGUUUGACAUGAGUUUUAUCAUUACCAGGUCAGACCUGCUGGCGCCGAAGAAGGAGCAGGUUGACGCCCUUAUGCCGUACCUGAGAGAAGUGCUGCGCCGGUCGCUGGGAAAGUUCGGCCAGCUCAUCAGACUAGGCAAUGUUAAGUGCGUCAGCGCGCAGAGGGGCUGGUGGACCAAGCCUCUGAAGCAAGAGAUUUACGAGCGUGGAGGCGCUGGCUGGAUGGUUGGGAAGGUCAACGUUGGCAAGAGCCAACUGUUCGAGUCUGUGUUCCCCAAGGGCACGACGGCCAGCCUCCCUUCUAAGCACAACGUCGAGGUCUCCAUGUUCGCAAAGGAGGAAGACGGCGAUGGCACGACGUACUUGACAGGGGACGCGUUCGAGAACGAGGCGGAUCGCCUAGACGUGGAUGCGCUGCUGCCGCCCGCCCGGAACGAAACCAACUUUCCAGAGAUGCCCACGGUGUCUUCCCUCCCAGGCACCACGGCCUCCCCUAUUCGGAUUCCGUUCGGCAACGGCAAGGGAGAGCUCAUUGACCUCCCAGGAAUCGCUCGAUCGGAUCUCGAAAACUACGUCAAGCCGGAGCGCCGACAAGAUGUCAUUAUGCACAACCGAAUCAAGCCCGAGCAGCGCACUCUCAAGCCUGGCCAGUCCCUCCUCAUGGGAAGCCUGAUCCGCAUCACGCCCAGCACCCCAGAUCUGGUCUUCCUCGCCUACAACUUCACACCCAUUGCCGAACAUGUAACGGCCACUGAGAAGGCUAUCGAGUUCCAGGAGCAGAAGAGAGAAUCUCACCGCGUGCCGAACAUCGCUAUGCCUGGUACCGCCGACAAGAUCAAGCUCGCCGGGAAGUUCCAGCUGCGCUACGACGUGACAAAGGAGCGCGCCGGUCCGCUCACACGCAAGGAGGUCGGCGGCAUGAAGGUCGAGAACCUGCCCUGGCGCGUCCUGGCGAUCGACAUUCUCAUCGAGGGCUGCGGUUGGGUCGAGAUCGUGGCGCAGGUGCGAACCAAGAACCUCUUCGCAGGCUGUGCGCCGUUCAUUCCGGAGCAAUCCAUGGCUGAGGCCGAGACCGAGACCGAGCCGGCUGACCCCUUUGCCAAGAUGGAGAAGGCAGCGGAGAGUCAGUCUCUUCCCAAGGUUGAGAAGAAGCCCGACGCAAAGCCUGACGAGCCGCACUGGCCCGUCGUCGAGGUCUGGUCUCCCGAGGGCAGGUUUGUCGGCUCCCGCCUGCCGAUGAACGCGUGGUUGAUCAACAAGUCGCCGAAGAAAGACAUCAAGAGCCGUCCUCGUAAGAGCAUGAAGGGGGCGAAGAAGGCUGCCAGAGGCACCAAGAAGGCCGCCGAGGCCGCCGCGUAA